AUGGAAUUUCUCGAGGUUCGGCAAGGAUCAUUACACGGAGGGGAAUCUGGUGAUUCAUCGUCAAACGAAAGCGAGCGGUUAAUGGAGUCCGAUGAAGAAGGGAAUAUUCAAAUACCAAUUCAGCAGCCACGUGGUCGAAUGGGAAGAAGGUUUACCCUGAACCCACUCAUUUUCGCCAAAGAGGAACGCGAGGCGAGAAGGCAAUCAUUGGCUCAGCUCAAGCUCAGUUAUUAUCCUAAGCAUAUGAAUCCGGAGCAUUAUGAUGCCGGUUUGGGUUUUUGUGGUUGGCUACUCAUGGGGCUUUCAUGGAUUAUGGUGAUUUCAACAUUUCCAGUGUCAAUUUACUUUUGUAUGAAAGUGGUGCAAGAAUAUGAACGAGCUGUGAUAUUCCGAUUAGGACGACUUAUUGGUGGUGGAGCUAAAGGACCAGGAAUUUUCUUUGUUCUUCCAUGCAUUGAAUCCUAUACUAAAGUCGACUUGAGAACUGUUUCCUUCAGUGUCCCGCCGCAAGAGAUUUUGACAAAGGAUUCCGUUACAACUUCUGUAGAUGCUGUUAUUUAUUACCGUGUUUGUAAUGCUACCGUUAGUGUUGCCAAUGUUGAAAAUGCCCAUCAUUCGACCAGAUUGCUUGCACAAACAACUUUGCGAAAUAUGCUCGGAACUCGCAGUCUUUCUGAAAUUUUAUCUGACAGAGAAGCCCUUGCCGCUUCAAUGCAAACAAUUCUUGACGAAGCCACUGAAAGCUGGGGAAUCAAAGUAGAGAGAGUUGAAAUCAAAGAUGUUCGUCUACCAAUACAAUUACAGAGAGCAAUGGCCGCUGAAGCAGAAGCUACCAGAGAGGCUAGAGCUAAGGUGAUUGCCGCUGAAGGAGAACAAAAAGCAUCGCGAUCUUUGCGUGAAGCCGCCACUGUAAUUGCACAAUCGCCAGCUGCUCUUCAAUUACGUUAUCUUCAGACGCUUAAUAGCGUUGCCGCUGAGAAAAACUCGACUAUUAUAUUCCCGUUGCCAAUGGAACUUGUGCGACAUCUUAUUAACUGA